CGUUUCUGAGGAUAUAACCCUUCUGCUAUAAAUAUUUUCGUUCAGGUUUUGACCUAUAUAUUUUCCUUUCUCUUCAAUAAGACAGGAGAAAUUCAGGAAAUGUCUGUUCUGUCAUCUAGAAUUUAUUGGACUUUUCUGGAUUGAAUAUCUGAUGAGGUUUCACUUACUGAACAAGAUGACAGCCAAGAAAAAUGUCUCAAGGUAGCACACUUGCCAUGGAUUCCGUUCGAGGACAAGGCGGCAUCCAGAUGCUGCUAACAGCAGAACAGGAUGCUCAACACAUUGUUAACAGUGCCAGAACCGCAAAGACGGCGCGCUUGAGGCAAGCUAAAGACGAAGCUGAGAGGGAAGUGAAACUCUAUCGCACCAAUAUGGAGGCUGAGUAUCAAAAGAUGAUUUCAGAUACAAGUGGGAGCUCUGGCUCCAAUGUAAAAAGGCUUGAGGAGGAAACUGAUGCGAAGAUUAAAAACUUGAAGGAAUCAUCAUCAAAGGUCCGAUCGGAUAUCGUCAGCAUGCUCAUGAAGUAUGUCACAACUGUGAAAACUUGAAGCAUAAGCAGUCACAGUGUAUAUGCGAAAGGCAAGGAGAGAGAUAAACUGGAAUAAACGGGUCUGAAACUAGCAGAUCGGGAUAGAAUUCCAUAUGGAUUGUUUGUUUAUUGCUUCGAUGUGUCUUAGCUUACAAAGUUCUUUUGAGAGACAUUUAGUUUCUUCCAUAAUUAUGAUAAGUUAUUUAAGUUAUAUAGCAUUUGGAAUUUUUAUAUAUAAAUUUCCAAGGAUGUCAAUAUAAACGUUCCAAUA